AUGUCGCCCUGUUGCAGUUGCGGCGCCGCAGACAGCGACGUGCCCGCGAGCGCGACGGCGGGCGGGCGGAGGCGCAUGCGGCGCCAUGCGGGUAUCGGCAGGUCCCGUCCAGGCGCCGUCCGCGCGGCUCGCGCCGGCGGGCUGGCGAUCGUGGUGGCCAAGGAGGAGGUACACAUCGUGGAGCUGGGGCUUGUCGCCAAAGGGGCGCGGGCGGUGGGGCGCGGGGUCGAAGGAGCCGCUGCGGAUGGCGUCGUCGACGAUGCGGCGCUGGCGGCGGCGGAGGACAUAGGAGCGGACGACGAUGGCGGCAGAGACGGAGAGGAGGAGGACGAGGCGGAAGCGACGGCGCUCACCGAGAAAGGUGUACACUGGCGCGAUCGGGCGUUAGCGGGCGGCGAUGAGAGAGCAGAAGGAGCAUGCGCACAGUACAGAGACGCAGACGACGACAGCGUAGAGCUCUGGCCGCCGUCGUCGGUGGACGUUGUCGUCGCGGUCGGGCUAGCAGACGUGGUGGAGGUCGAGGUGGACAUCGUCAGCGCAUCGGGGGUCGAGAGUCGUAAGCCAGCAGGCGGGCGUUGGGCCGGAGUAUUGUCGUGA